AACAUUUUCCCCCAUGUCAGUCUUGGCAAUUCAGGCACACGAUCGAAAUCGAACCCACAUUUAGGGUUUAAUUCCUCUCUCAAUUUCCUCUACAAAGGAAGCAUCUUUGGGACCCUUUUUCAUUGAUCUCGAGAGUGGUUGGGCAAUACUCCUAUCAAUUUUGGUAAGAUCUUUUGCUGCUCGCAGUUCAAUUGGGCUUUAUUGCCCAGUGUGCGUUCAAAUCCAUGGUCGUCAGUUUACAAUGUACCUCUCUCCUGUGCGCACCACUCCUCCAAUUGAACCACAAGAAGAUGAGUGGGACACAGAUGGAUUUGUGAUUCCGAGCUUGGGAAUUGGAGAGUCUGAUCAAAGCAAACCUAAUGAUCGUGACAUAGAAUCCCCAAAUUCUGCAGCACAGGCUAAAAAGGAAGAAAACAUCAUUUAUCUAGGACCUCACGGAGCGCCUCCUUCACAAUCAAAGCAGCCAGAGUUAAACUCAUCUAACCGGAAGCAGCGGUUCAAGCAAAAACUGAAAGAAGCUGAUAAGAGAAUUAGUGGAACAGGCAGGGAGAAUAAAUUGGAUAACCUAAGGGAGCUUGUGGGUAGGGGGAAAGGGAGUGGGAACAUGGCAAAGGGAUCCCGCAAGGACUGGUUAGAUCCACAUUGCGAUGAAUCUCAGUUUGAGAGGAGGUAAUUCCCGUAUUGAAGAAAAACUCUUUGAGUUUUGAGUUUUGUCGAAAAACUCGUAACAAAUAGCAGAACUCUUAAGCUAUUUACUGAGGAACCUCAUUUUCAGUUCCUUUUGUUUAGUUUGAUGCAUCUUCCAAGAUACCAGCUUUGCAGGUUAUGUACUCUGCCAAAAAAAUCUUUUGAUAAUAAAGGUGUCUUAUAUUCAGUUAGCAUUAA